AUGGGUGACAGUGAUCAUAACAUUCCAAGUGAUUUCGUAGACAUUUUGAUAUCCCUAAAUCUUGAGGAUCCGAAAUAUACAAAAAAUUUACAAGUGAUAACAAAUUAUUUAAAUGAAGAUUUAAUUAAUAAUACAAAUAAAUUAGUAAAUUACAUUAUAGAUAAUAUAAAUGUAGGACAAAUAAACAAUAACUUAAGUAAUUAUUUAGCAGAUAUAAUAAUAUAUAUACAAAAGGCAAAUACAAUUGAAAAUACUGAUGAGUUACAAAAAAAAAAUGAAACAAUAAGCUCUUCUUUAAGAUGGGAAGAAACAUGUUCUACACAUGUUGAAUAUAGAAUUAAAAUAAAUGAUGAGAAAUUAAAAAAAUAUUUAGUAAAUGAUUAUAGGAAUGAUAUAAUUAAUAAUUGCACAAAACAUAUAAAUUAUUUAAAAUUAUUAUAUAUAGUUAGUAAUAAUAUAUCACCACAAAAUGGUUAUAUGCUAUUUAUUAAUAUAAUUCAUAAUAUAGAUAUAAAUUAUCAAUAUAAAUUAUUAUCUUUAGAAUAUUUUGCACAUGUAGCAAAUAAAAUUACAUUAGAACGAGCAAAAUAUAUAGCUCAAAUUCUUCCAAUAGUUUUAGACAAAUUUUAUAAUAUAGAUGGUGAACCAUAUUAUAAUGAUAAUAUCAAUAAUAUAGAUACAUUAAUAUCUAUGUGUAAAUUUAUUAAUAUAUUAUGUGAUAAAUCUAUUAAAUCUCAAGAAGAUGAUAAACAAGAUGUAGCCUUACAUUCUAUUGUUGCAUUUAUUAUGAGGAUAAUAUGUUAUCAUAAUUUUUAUCUACCUUUAAAUAAAAAUGUUGAGAAACUUUUCCCUUAUAUAAAAUAUGAUUCUAUAGAUUAUAGCGAAUGUAUAAGUGUAUACAAAACUAUACCAACAAUAUCCUAUCGAAACAAAUCUGAUCAUAUUAUUAGGGAUUGCUUAUCAUCAUUAAUAUGGAGACUUAGCAUAAUUAAUCCCAAUUUAUGCCGAAUUUUAGAGAGAGUUAAUAUUUUAAUACCUAAUACAACAUCAUGUGUACUAGAAAAUACAACAUUAGAGAUAUCAUUAUUGUCUUAUUUGAUUUUAGUAGAAAGAAUAAAUACAGAGGCCUUUCCUCUCGUAUUUUCACAAUUAUAUUUAUUUAAUUUAAUGAUUAGAAAUUGUUAUAAUAUAAUUUUAUGUUUAAAUAAAGCCAAAAAAUAUGCACAAAAUAAUUUAUACAUUAAGGCUUGCCAUUUUAUAUCUAUUUCUACUAUAUUCUCAAGAAAUAUUAAAAUAUAUAAUAAUGAAUAUUAUAGUAAUAUUUACAAUUUUAAAUGGAGACCCUUUGAUUUUCUUAAAAAAAUGUAUGAAAUCUUUCAUACAUAUAAUGAUCAACAAAAUUGUACAAAAGUUAUAUAUAAUUGUGUUAGUAAUAUUAUGAGAAACUUUUCUUGGAAUGUUUUCUUUUCAUUAUAUAAUAAAUUGAUAAUAGAAUGUACGUCAGACAGAAUUAAAAGCACUAUUGCUUCUUAUCUUAAAGACCAACUAUAUAAACAAAUGUUGAUCACUAUAAAUGAUGAGGAAUUGCCUGAAUCUAUUGAAGAUAAAAGGGAAGAUCUAAUUAUACCAAACAGUAAAAUUAGUGAAUCAGAUUAUAAAACAAACAAAAUAAAAAAAUUAGGGACUCAAAUAAAAAAUAUAAUUUUUACAUUGAUAAGCGAAGAAUCAGUACUAUUAUAUGCUGAUUCAAUUACUGUUGCAUUAAAUAUUGUAAAAAUGGUAUUACUAAAUAAAUCCUUCAAACCCUUUUCUAAGCAUAUACUAAAUUUUGAUCAAAAUACAGCAUGCUUUUUACAAAACAAAAUAAAAUAUUUUUAUGAUCAAAUUAAGAUCGAAAAGUCUGUAUUUUUAAAAGAACAAAAUGAUGCAUUAAUAAAGGAAAAUCAAAAUUCAAAAAUAUAUACUGCAGACGAUAUUAAUUUAAAUAAAUUGGAUGUCAUUGUUAUGUUAUUAAAUGAUGUUGAAACAUCUAUAGAAUCGAUCAAAAAUAACUCAUAA